AUGUCCACACAACCACUGUUACAAUCAGCUCCAGGAAAGAGAAUUGCUUUGCCUACCAGGGUUGAACCAAAGGUAUUUUUUGCUAACGAGAGAACAUUCUUAUCAUGGUUGAAUUUCACAGUUAUCUUGGGCUCCUUAGGUGUGGGUCUGUUGAAUUUUGGUGAUAAAAUAGGAAGAAUUUCCGCUGGUCUGUUCACUUUUAUUGCCAUGGGUACGAUGCUGUACGCCUUGAUAACGUAUCACUGGAGAGCCAGUGCCAUCAGGAGAAGAGGGUCUGGACCCUACGAUGACCGUUUUGGGCCCACGAUGUUGUGCUUAUUCUUACUUAUUGCCAUCGUUGUCAAUUUCACAUUGAGAAUCAGAUCCUAG